AUGACUAGUACAAUACCACAAUCUCCAGUGGAACAAGAUGUUGACAAUAGAAUAAUCAAUCCAGGUUCCAUUCAAAUCAACGUUACUGGUGCUUUUAUAGUUGAUGAAGAAUUAUAUGAAGAUGAAGAAUCAAUACCCGAAACAAAUGAUAUCGUAUUACCUUAUCAAAAUACUGAAAAUAUAAGUCAUAUAGCUAUAGAUAUUGGUGGUUCUUUAGCUAAAAUUGUUUAUUUCACUUCAAAUCAAAGUGUUAAUAAUAGUACUGAGGAUCUUGGUCCUUUAAUUAAUAAAAAAAUUAAUUGUAUAAAUGGGAAUGGUAAUAAUGGGAAUAAUAAUGGUAAUGGGAAUAGUAAUAAUAAUGGGUAUGGAAUUAAUGGUAAUGUUCGAAAUGAUAGUAUAAGUAGUGAUGAUUCAAAUGAUGAAAUAUUAGAUCCAAAUCGUGGGGGUAUAUUAAAUUUUUAUAAAAUUGAAACUGAAAAAAUUGAUGAAUUUAUACAAUUUAUUGCAAAAUUAAUAAAAUUUUAUAAUAAAAAAGUUCAUAUAAUGGCAACUGGUGGUGGUUCUUUUAAAUUUUAUGAUCGUUUAAGAGAUGAAUUAAAUGUUCAAGUUAGUAAAGAAGAUGAAAUGGAAUGUUUAAUUGUUGGGUUAGAUUUCCUCAUAACUGAAAUUCCUGAUGAAGUUUUCCUUUAUACUGAACAAAAUCCAAUGCAAUUUGUAAAUCAUACUAAAAAAGAUAUAUAUCCUUAUUUAUUAGUUAAUAUUGGUUCUGGUGUUUCAAUGGUUAAAGUUACUGGACCAAAUCAUGAUGAUUUUAUAAGAGUUGGUGGUUCAUCAUUAGGUGGUGGUACACUUUGGGGACUUUUAUCUUUAAUAACAAAUGCAAAUUCUUAUGAUGAAAUGCUUUCAAGUGCUGCUCAAGGUGAUAAUACCUCGGUAGAUAUGCUUGUUGGUGAUAUUUAUGGUACUGAAUAUAAUAAAAUUGGUCUAAAAUCAAGUGCAAUUGCUUCAUCAUUUGGUAAAGUUUUCAAAAAAAAACAUUCCAAAUCAACAAAAACUAAUAAAUCAACAUUUAAAAAUGAAGAUAUAAGUCGUUCUUUACUUUAUGCUAUAUCAAAUAAUAUUGGACAAAUCGCUUAUUUACAAGCUAAAAUUCAUGAUAUACAACAUAUUUAUUUUGGUGGGUCUUAUAUUAGAGGUCAUCCUCAAACAAUGAAUACAUUAUCUUAUGCAAUAAAUUUUUGGUCUCAGGGAAAUAAAAAAGCUUAUUUUUUAAGACAUGAAGGUUAUUUAGGUGCUUUAGGUGCUUUUAUUAAAAGACAACCUGAAGGUUGGGGAAGAAAAAAUUCAAUUAAAUUAGAUGAAUUAAAUUUAUCAAAAAUUAGAGAAACUUUACAUCAAGAAAAUAUUAAUGAACAAUCUGCAUGUGAAUGA